UGUGAGUGAAGAAAGUCUGCCAGUGGGCUGGAACAUGAACUGAGUUUCGUAUUGACGAUCAGACCGAACAUCAGCGGUUGAUUCAAAUCAAACGUUUCCUCUAAGAGUAUCGCAGGAAAUUUCCAGUUUCUUUACUGGUUUUGGGAAUGUGGGAGUAACCAUGGCACCAGUGGUGUCCAGUAUUGUUGCGUUGGCUCUCUAUGUGAUCCUGUCCCCUCGUGUAUCCGGGGACGAGUGCUUGGGAUACUCAGAAAGGUUCGGGACUCAGAGCACCGUGUUCAGUUAUCAGAGUUCCCAGGAAUGCUUUACAGAAUUUUGCUGUGGUUUCUGCUACAACAGAUAUUGCUGUUCAAAUCCUUUCAUGAGGUUUGAUAAAGCUCAGCAAGAACGAUGUUUGAACAACGUUCACACACUCACUUUACCCGCUGCCAUUGCUGUAGUGUUCGUCUUCUUUGUCUUUACAUUAAUCUUCAUCCUCAUCUGCUGUUGCGUCUUCCCCUCCUGCUGCUUGUACAAGAGGUUCCGACAGCCACGGCCCGACAAUACCCACACUACAGUGGUCACCACCACUCCUCAGCAGUACCCCCAGCAGCCGAUUGCAUUACCUGGGCCCUCCCAGGGAGUGCCCUACCAGUCAGCAACUCUUCAGCCUGGCUUUGCAGCUCAGUAUGGUUACCCAGCUCAGCCCAUGCCCACAUCGCCCUAUCAUGGGCAGGCAUUCCCACCGGGACCACCACCACUGUAUCUGGAAGCAAUCGGUCCUGCCUACAGUUCACAGCCGAUACCUUACAGCCAGGUUGAAUUCACCCACGGACAGCCGGCGUACCCUCUGAAACCUCUGGACCAGCAGCAGCCUGAUGCACCACCUGCUAGCACAGCCUUCCAAGCUCAGUCUGCACCACCACCCUAGGCUGGAUAGUCCACAUAUAAGUGCCUCAAUCAGCGUUCGUGAACUCGGCUGAAUUGGAAGUAUGUGCUUCGAAUCAAGAUCUAGACUAACUUGGUUUGUGUAUUUGUAGGAAUGUUAUGGUGCAUCUUUUCUGUUGAAUAGUUUCUAAGUAAAAGUAUUAAAAUUUGUUUUUUACUGUACUGUGUAAGUUCAUGGGAACAAAAUGAAAGUGUGUGAGUUUUAUCACUGGAGGAUUUAUGCUGGAAAGUCAACCACUCAUAGUUUUUAAAAAAAAAAUCAAAAUCAACUUAAUUAACAUCUAAAAUAUUGUUUUUUAUAAUAAUACAAGUAUGUUGCACACAUUAAAUACAAGAAACCAUUGUACCUUCCAGGCACAUUACCUGCAAAAGCAUGUGCGUAAUUUACAUUGCCUGGAAAUAUAUCUUUCUGCUUUCUAACUGUAAAUAACUGUCAUCGUGAAUGCUGUUGACUCAAAUGAUCCACAAUGGUUUGGGGUGCUUUUUUUUUUUUUUAAAUAAAUGCUGCCAAUGAACCUUAUUUUUGACGUUCUUACAACAGGAUGUGGUUUGAACUUAUUAAAUUUUACACAAGUGGA